AUGAACUCUAGAUGGCGCUCAGCGGGUGAAAGUCUGAUCGCAGCCGCGCAGUCGGAAAGAAGGAGGAGAAGAAGACUGGACCAUGUACAAGGUCGGAGGGGUUGCAGGAGUCUCUGGCACUCUGGGACUGAUCUCAGCCUCUGUGCUGGCGGCCGCUGAUGAUGACGAUGACAAACCCGGCACAGCUCUGAGUGUAGAUGAGCUGUCUCUCUACACGAGGCCGCAGCAGAAGAUCCAGCGUGUGCAGCCUGAGAGAGGGCAGGUGGAGGAGAGCGUGGCCACGCUGAGGAAGCUGGCAGAACCGUAUGCCACCCGGUGCCAGCAAACGGCCAGCGCGGCCAAACAGACAGUGCAGGUACCCAUGAGCACAUGCACACAUCGUCAUUACCCACGCUGCUCUCUGCCGCUCUCACACAUCUGGCUGUGUUUGGAAUAUUUUAGUUUGUCAUUUUUAGGGAUUUUUUUUUUGUCAUUUCAAGGCUCCAGGCUGAAGAAACUGAUCUACCCGACUGGUCUAAUGGCUGUAGCUGCGUCCAUGUAUUAUCCUCAAGAGGCCGUGACCGUCGCAAAGAACACAGGAGACACCGUAUACGACUGGGCGCUUCAGGCUUAUGUUGCUGUGGAGAAACUCAUCAAAGGCAAACCUGCCUCAAAGAAAGAUCAAGCAGAAAAGAGUUCCAGCGGGGAGACCAAAGCUUAGGUACAAAAUAUCAAAGAUCAUAAACAGCACGGAGACACAACACAGGUGCACACAAUGUACAAACAACAUUACUAUAGUCACAUCAAAUCCUUUCCCAAC